AUGUUAUUUAGAUAGAAGGAGAAGAUAUAAGAUGUUGGAAGAAACAAUUUUAGAGAUUUUUAUAGAAUGGAACAUGAUGCCUAAACUAAAACAAUAAAAAUGAUGCCUAGUGUUCAGUCUGGUUUAUCUAGAUCAAUGAAGUUUCAUAUUACUUGAAUUUUAUUAGUUAGCCUUUGAUUGACGAGAAUCAAAGUUCUCUAUCUGGAAGCAGUUGGGAUGCUAAACACUUAGAUACCUUUCUCAAAUAAAGCAAAUACUCAAGUAUGAGAUAAACUUAAGAUCUUGAUAACUAAGCAGUUUUUGUUGGUAGUGGUUAGAAUCAGAGUUUCUUUUUUCGUAGAUAAUAACCUAGAAUUAUACCAGAAUAUAUUGAUUACUUGAACAUGAGUAAAAUUAAUCAUAUUGUUUCUGAUCAUCCUGUAAAUCAUUCAUAAGAAGUUAUAAAAAAAAGAUUAGAAAUACCUGAAAAAAACUAUGUUGAAUAAAAUCUAGCCUUAUCAUAAGUAAUAACACUUAAAAAGCCAUCAGGAUAUUUAGCUGAACUCAAAGAAACACAAGAAUAAUAAAAAAAGUAAAUUAUAUUUAUAUAUCAAUCAUAAAGAUUUCAUUAAUGGAGAGAAGAAUUUAGUGAAGCUAACAAAGCCUAUAGAAAAAUUAGAUAAGCCUAUAAGUAGAAGAAUUUUUAAUAUUAGAUCAGGAAUAAUUGGAAUUGACAAUCCUACUAUUGAAAAUUCUGAAUUGUACAAAGAUGAGCAUCAAAAAUAUAAGCAAAAAUAAGAAAAUAGGAUGAUUCAUUCAAUCAAUAGAUAUUAAUGUAUAAUUACAUAUAUCAUUUUUUAGCAUUGGAAAAAUAUUCAAGCGCUAAUCCUAAUAUUGAAUUUGAUAACAGAAAAUAUGAUGAUUCUCUAACUUAAAUCAAUCAAACAAGAAAGUUAGGAUAAUAUCCUGUGUAAACUUUUGAGAUGGAUUAUAAAUGGAUGCACAAGAGAACUAUCAAUCCAUGUCAGAAUACACAAUAAAGAUUAUUUGGAGGAGUUGAUAAAAUUAGUAGAGCAGCAUCUCUAAGAGCAGAGAACAUCAAAAAUCAAGAACUUAGAGGAAGAGAUUAUAAUUGCAUUUGUUUAACAAAGGUGUGA